UGCCGGGCGCGAGCCGCCGCCUCCUGGGCGGGCGCUUCCUGUGGCUGUCUCGACAGCCGCCCGGGGGCCGCGGGAAGCCUGGCGGUUCCGGGCUGUGGGAGGCCCUGUUUUGGUUCGGAUCCGCCGCGAGGUAUCUAGCCUGCCAAGAUGCCAGGGUCAAGACCUCGGAACGGCCCUAAGACCAGAGGCCAGGGUGCUGCAACUGCUAAGCAGCUGGGGCUUUUCGUGGAGUUCAACACUGAAGACAUGCUCCUGGGGGUGGAUGAGACUGAAGAUGACGGAGACCUGGAGGCUGAGCUGUUGGCUCUCACUGGGGCGACAGGGAGCACAAGCAGGAAGCCCGCACCCAAGGGGCAUGCCCCCCUACCCAUGGCCCACAUUGAGAAGUUGGCAACAGACUGUAUGCGAGAUGUGGAGGAGGAGGAGGGAGAGGAAGAGGAAGGGCUGGAGGAGGAUGCAGACCUGCUGAGAGAGCUGCAGGAAGUCCUGGGUGUGGAUGAAGAAACUGGGCUGCUAGAUGGCAGUGAGGCAACAAGCCCAGACUUGUCUGAGGAGAGGGCACAGGACAACACUGAGCAACCUGCAGUGCAGACAGCCUUCCAACAGGCUUUACCUGCAGUGCCUCAGGCUGGAGGGCCUCGGGGGCUGCAGGCUUUGCUGGAGGAACGGAUCCAUAACUACCGGGAGGCCGCAGCCAGUGCCAAGGAGGCCGGUGAAGCUGCCAAAGUCCGGCGCUGUGAUCGGGGCCUGAAGACUUUGGAGUCCCAGCUUGCCACUGUGAGGAAAGGCGGGAAGAUCAGUGAGGAUGAGAUUCCACCUCCAGUGGCCUUGGGUAAAAGGCCCCCACCCCACCAGGAAAUAGCCAACAGGAGCCCUGAGGCAGACUCCCCAGCUCCGUGUGCCAAGGAACCAGAGCACCUUUUCCAACCUGAGCCCAGCCUCCCAGGCAGCUCUACCAUUGCUCCUCUGCCUGUUGCAGACCCAGCCCCACAGGCCCUGUUGUUAGCCCGACAGAGAGAGUACAAAGUAGCUGCUCUCAAUGCCAAACGGGCUGGAGAUCUAGAUCGUGCCCGGGAGCUCAUGAGGAUUGGGAAGAGAUUUGGUAUUGUCCUGGAGGCCCUGGAGAAAGGGCAGCCUGUGGAUCUGAGUGACAUGCCCCCAGCACCUGAUGAUCUGAAGGCCCUCCCACAGGCUUCUGAGGCCCCUACAGCAGCCCGAGUCAUGUCCCCAGCAGUGGAGCAAGUACAGAAAGUGAUGGCCUCUGACCUCCCAGCCCCAGUGGCCCCUGGAGAGCCAAAAACAGUGCUGGAUGCUUUACAGCAAAGGCUGAACAGGUACCGUGAGGCAGGCAUCCAGGCCCGGGCCAGUGGGAAUGAGCGCAAGGCCAGGAUGCAUGAUCGCAUUGCCAAGCAAUAUCAGGAUGCUGUUCGAGCUCAUCAAGCAGGGCAGAAAGUUGACUUUGCUGAGUUACCUGUUCCUCCAGGAUUUCCUCCCAUCCCUGGCCUGGAGCCCAGUAAAGGUGCCGAGGAGGAUUCAAUGACAGCAACUUUGGCGUAUGCCCAAAAACUGGCCUCACAAGAUAUAGUCCUGGCAGAUGAAGAUGAGGAGAGUGAUACCCCAGCACAGGCUCCAGUGGCCAAGAAGCCAGCACAUCCUCUGGCCCCUUCAUCUCAUCCUGUGACUGAGCCCAAGGCCUCAAGUUCUAAGGAAUCACUGAGUCCAUCUGCUCGGGAGCAGCUGGCACUGCUGGAGGCUCGGAAACUGCAAUACCAGCGAGCAGCCCUGCAGGCAAAGCGCAGACAAGAUCUAGAGCAGGCCAAAUCCCAUCUACGAGUAGCUAAAAAUCUGGAGGUCCAGAUCGCCCAAGCCCGAGCAGGUCAACCCAUCGACCUGUCCAAGAUGCCUUCACCCUUGACGGAUGAAGAGGGUGACUUCAUCCUCAUUCACCAUGAAGAUCUGCGACUCUCCCAGAAGGCUGAGGAGGUGUAUUUCCAGCUACAGAAAAUACUUCUGGAGCAGCAUGAGAAGUGCCUGCUGUUCUCCAAGCAGUUCAUGCACCAGGGCAAUGUGGCUGAGACUACCCGGUUUGAGAAGCUUGCUCAGGACCGAAAGAAACAGCUUGAGAUCCUGCAGCUAGCCCAGGCCCAGGGCCUUGACCCUCCCAGCCAUCACUUUGAAUUGAAGACAUUCCAGACUGUGAGGAUCUUCUCAGAACUUAACAGCACAGAAAUGCAUCUGAUCAUCAUCCGGGGAAUGAACCUCCCAGCCCCACCAGGAGUGACUCCCGAUGACUUGGAUGCGUUUGUACGCUUUGAGUUUCAUUACCCUAACUCGGACCAGGCUCAAAAAAGCAAAACAGCCGUGGUCAAGAACACAAACUCUCCAGAAUUUGAGCAAGUUUUUAAACUAAACAUCAAUCGAAAUCACCGGAGCUUUAAGAGAGUGAUCCAGAGCAAAGGAAUCAAAUUUGAGAUCUUCCACAAAGGAUCCUUUUUUAGAAGUGACAAGCUGGUUGGCACAGCACACCUGAAAUUGGAAAGGCUGGAGAAUGAGUGUGAGAUCAGAGAGAUCAUGGAGGUUCUGGACGGAAGAAAGCCCACUGGGGGUAAGCUGGAGGUUAAGGUGAGGCUGCGGGAGCCUUUGAGUGGCCAGGAUGUGCAGGUGGUCACCGAGAACUGGUUGGUCCUGGAGCCUAGGGGCCUGUAAGGUAGUCAGCACUGGUACCAGCUCACUGACCCAGCUCUGCCGGCUGCAAGAGCCUCUGUAGUGAGAGCUGCUGCUACACAAGCACCAAAGACCGCCAAACUAACCGUGGCCCAGGCUGUCCUCGCGCCACCUCUCCUGGGCCUCCGUGGAGCAUCUGUACAGCCUCCCGCCACCAGAAUGUGGGUGAAGACAAGGAUACCCCCAUUGCUCUGUGCCAGAGUCCUACUGCCCCUUAACCUCUGCAUAGCGAUGAUGUACAUUUAACCCAGCCCCAGUUGCACCGUUUUUCUGGAUGUGCCUUUCAAAGAUGUGACUGUAAGGGAUGGAGAACGUGAGGGUGAUCGGAACCUUCCCUGCUUAGGGGAGGGGCAGGAUUCCGGGACUGCAGCUGUUUCCCCCUCAGCCUGUGCCUUUGACCCUAACACCUGCUGCACUAGCCUUUCUGCUCCCUAGGGGACUGGGGAACAGGAAAGUUACUUUGGUACUAUUGGUGGGAAGGGGAAGGCUUUCUUCGCUUUGGUCCAUGUACCUAAGAUGUUAACUGGGAAGAAAAGAAAAAAAAUUA